AUGGCCACUCUGCACAAAUUCAAGCUUCUCGCAACUCAGUGUGCCGUCGCCGGAAGCCCAGGUCGCAGUCCCACCACCAGCCCCGUCGUUCACCUCCGCCGUCGCAAAACGCUCCGCAUGCUUCUUAACCGCUCUUCUGCCACCGACCGUCGACGUUUUCAUCGCCGCCAGACUGAUAACUUGGAUCCUCCUCCUUCACCUCCGCCACAGCCAAACACCUCCAACGCCGACAGCAAGAAGAACUCCAAUGGUAAAAAAAGCCGGCGAAAAUUGAAGGAACUCUUCGUGGCAUCGCCGCCGUUUGAAGAAAGAGAGAGUGAUGAUAAAAUCUGCGAAGAAGUAACGGAAGAUUUAUUACCGGUUACCAGUAGUUCCAGUGAAAGGUUUUCAGAUCGGAGAUCUGGUACUUUGACGCCAGUAACGACGUCGUUUCGGUACAGGUUAUUAAGGAGAGCUUGGCGACCGAUGCUGCUUACUAUUCCAGAGUAA